GUCACGCUGUAUUGAAUAAGUCAUGUGUGCUUUAAAUGUUUACUACGCGGCGUUUCGAUCGUGAAUAAUUGUAGGAAUUUUUUUAUUAUUUAUUCGGAGAUUUGGACGACAAAUAACUGCUACUAGCAGUGCUAGCAUGGAGGUCACUGAACCUGAUCCUGGAAUCUUGUCCGGCGUGACGUGGUACCUGCUGCUGGGUGUCGUCACGGCGGCCGUCUACGUCAUCUAUAACGCUCUGACGUCACACGACAGCUGGGAGAAAUAUGGCGUCAAGCAGGCCUCAAUUGGAUUGGUUAAUCUUAAAGACGGGUUCUCUCAACUGCUGGCCGAACAUGGAGACACAGUCGGCAUCUACCGCUGUAACCUGCAGCUACUGACCAGGGACCUGGCCAUCCUGAAGGAGGUCAUGGUCAAGGACUUCAACAACUUCGUGGACAGGGAGGAGGUGCCCAUCACUCGCUCCAUCGUCACCAAGGGGAUUUUCUUUCUCCAAGGCCAGGACUGGAAGCGGGUCAGACAGAUUAUGUCCCCUUCAUUUAGCACAGGUAAGCUGAAACACAUGUCCAAGACAGUGGAAGAACGAGCCAUCAAGCUGACCCAGGUGCUAGAAGACUAUGCCAGACAAGGGAAACUCCUCCCCGUCAAGGACAUCGCUGGUCAGUACACGAGCGAGAUCAUCGCGAGGACAGCGUUUGGGUUCAACACCCACAGUCUAGGGGGUCCGGACGAUGAGUUCACCUCCUACAUCAAACAGAUGUUCAAGAUCUACGGGAAGCUCAUGACCCUCGUCAUGAUCUUCUUCUUCAGAUUUUCUAAUCUGCACCGGUUUUUUGUUCAUACUCUGAAGAUUAAAGCUGUGGAUGGAUUUCGAGAAGAUUCUGAACUUUAUUUCAGAACCAUUCUGGAGAAGUCCAUUGAAGAAAGAACGGAAAGAGAGAGACGGAAAGAGAAAGUACCCCAGGACUUCCUGCAGAGUUUGAUACACGCCAAGGCUGCGGGAGACAGGGGAGAGGUCUUAGAACACACCGACGACAUUGACGAUGAAAUGUCGCGAAACACUGUAGUCUGGGACAAACAGCCCAAGACAAUGUCCACUGAGGAGCUGAUGGGUCAGUCAUUUCUGGUCAUCAUUGCUGGGUUCGAAACCACGGCCACCACCUUACAACUCCUACUGUACUUGCUCGCCAAACAUCCAGAUAUCCAGGAGAAAGUAUGUGAAGAAAUUGAGAGCGUCGUCCAAGGGGAGACGCCCACCUAUGAAGAGCUACACAAGCUGACCUACACCGAACAGGUGAUCAACGAGACCUUGAGAUUUUACCCACCUGUCCCCAUCAUUAACCGAAGAGCCGCGGAGACCAGGACCUACGGGAACAUCACCAUCCCUAAAGGAGCGGGGGUCAUGAUUCCCACUUUUGCUGUCCUUCAAGAUCCCAAGCAUUACCCCGAUCCCGAAAAAUUCGACCCCGAGAGAUUUUCUGAAGAGAACAAAGCCAAACGUGAUCCCAUGGCCUUCAUGCCUUUCGGAUAUGGCCCCCGGAUUUGUAUUGGGAUGAGACUUGCUUACCUGGAGUUAAAGAUGGCGCUGGCUACACUGCUCAGGAAGGUCAGGGUCGAGCUGAAUGAGGAGACAGUACCUGAGAGGGGUGAUGACAUUGUGGUCAAAUCAGUGGGUGUGUUAGUUACAGACAGACCCAUCAUGCUCGCCGUCAAGUUGAGGUCAGAGUAACCCCACGUUACCGGAAAGCCACAUUAAUAUCCAAGACGAAAACACAGAGUUCCUUUAAUAAACUAACAACUAACACAGAAGCAUGUCAGCAAAUAUGGCUUAAAGUAAACACAACUUGCGAGAUUCAAUCAAGCAGAUUGCAUGCACUAACUGUAGUAACUUGUGAAAUAAUGGCAUAUUGUUGUAUCUAUUUGCUAUGUUUAGGGUUGUCCGCUGACAAAGGUAUUAAAAAUAAGAAAAGAAAAAGUUGUAUAUAACAAUGCAGAAAAAAUAUAUAAUCUACCUGCACAGCUAAAUACACUAAUACAAAGAUUCUUGUAUGAUAUAACCAUGACAAUUUUAUUAUAAUACAUUCUGCCUGCUUUUAUUUAAAUGGGCGUCCACAUAUUAUUUAUCUCGCUGUUUUAUCGAUAUUUUAAACCUCUUUUUAUUUAGGACAUUGUCGUCACCAAUAAGUGAGACCUAAUUCCCAAAAAAUGACGUCACACUGUUACAUGCAUCAUUUACCUUUUUGUCAAAACAGCAGCUUCUUUAUAAAAUAUCAACUGAGCAUGGUCGAAGUUAAGUAAGAGGAUUUAAAUUACAAUAAAGAAAACGUCUUUAAAAAUGUGAAAUAACUGCAAACUAAAGUUUUUUAAAUAUUUCUUCAUCUUGGUUAUUUGUUAAACACCAUGGGGCCCGUUGACUAUUACUCUAGCCAGCUUUAAUUUAUGAAUUUGCUUACAUAGCCUUUGCCCACCCAAGAACAAUCUACAAGGCAGCAAUUGUUUGAUUUUGGAGUUUUCUCUCCUAGAUGGGUUGCUGUCUCCAUGGUAUCGAGCCUCAAUUGCCCGGGGACCCAAACUCGGACGUUUUGAGUUAGCAACCACGCGCUCUCCCACUCGACCACGCCUUCCCCUCUAACCUUUCAAGAUGCUAAACAGUAGCGUCAGACUUCCAUACCCCUCUACCAUUCUCACAUGUCAAACAUUGUCACAAAAACCCGAACCCUACACCCAGUUUAGGAGCCCGAACCCUACAUCCAGUACACCACUGUGACCAGUGUUUCUUCCAAGCAUCUCUUCGGACCCCCCUCCCCGAUGAGA